AUGUGCAAUUAAACUCUCAUCGCACCUACCUCGACCUGCAAGCAACAGAAAAAACAAAGGCCAGCUAAUUAGCUGGCCUUUGCUUUUUCUUCAAUGUCGUGUUUCUUUAAGGUGAUGAGAUUGCCAAUCAAUCGCCAUCACAUUUCAGGACAUAAAAACUGA